UUUUGAUGUGGUACCGCAACCGGGAAAGCUGAAAGAUUGGCCAGUUGUUUAAUGGCUGAAUAUGUCUUCCCCUAAAGCGUACUUGGAAGCUGCACGGUAAAUGUUCCAUUAUAACCUGGCUCAGAGCUGCAUUACCCUAGACCGUUUUAUAAGCACUUUACAUAUUAAUGAUUUAUUCGAACUCUGUGUAUCCCGAAGCGGGCGAAGUGUGGUGGGUUCCUCAUCACGUCAUUCCCCACAGAAUCCCGCAAGAUAGCUUGUUACAAGGUUUCCGCAGUCACUGGCAAAUGCUGUACCCCAGCUUUGUGAGGCUGAUAUGCGUGAUACAAAUACCUCAGCGGAAAUGAGAAGUUGUCAUUAUAAUUAGAUCCCGACAUCGUUAGCCUUGCUAGAGCGAUACUUGUG